GUUAGACGAAAUGAGAAUAUCUGGUUAUUCUUCUGAAGUUCUGCAAGGAAUUCAACGACUCUGCCUAGAAUGUGGGAAUAACACUCGCUUUCUCUCCGCUUAUGUACAAGACACAUACAAGACACACCCAGGUGCAGCCAGAGUUGCGGUCGCAACGUCCGUGGAUAUGACUUUGCUAGUUAUUCAGAAUAUUCUUGGAGUCAAAGCAAGACAGGCACGGUCUCUCCUACAGCUUCAGUCUCUCAUCCGACCUAUCCAAUCAGUACUCGCAUAUUUCAGAAUCCUUAUAAUUAAAGUUUCGAAGGCGAAAACUGAUGAGCAAACACUAUCCCUUGUCUUCAGGGAAGCCCAAGCCCUAGAACAUAGCAAUGUCCUCCUAAGUGAGAUCAUGCGUGAAGUGUUAUCACGCGUCUCAAAUCCGUGGACUCGAUUCGCAGAGAAGUGGAUAGGGGUCAGAUCUGAGGAAGGCACUCCAUUGACCAAAGAGAACCCCGGGAACAGAUUUGUCAAGGUCGCAAAAAUUACCAUCGUGGAUGACUUUGGGUUUGAGACAGAUGAGCGCGAUUUCUUUCUCGAUGACGCCCGCAUGCCAGAGUUUGUACCUAGCGAAGUAGCUCUUGUUAUGUUCGAGACGGGUAAAACUCUACGGCUUCUUCGUACUCAUCAUCCAGACCAUCCACUAUGCCAGGUGGGGUUCAUCACACAGAAUAACCCACCCCCUUUACAGUGGCAUUUUGAUUGGAAGUCCAUCGGACACUUACAAGAAGACGUAAAAGAUUAUGAGAAUCGUUUAUUUGCGAAUUUAAAACAUUGGUCUGCGGAUACGAGUACGUCCCAAUUGACAAGCAUGACGGAAAAAGCGACAGACGGACGUUACGCCUUAGAAUUCUUUGGACAAGAAGAAGCCCAGCUCGAAGGACGGCUACUUGCAUCUAUUGCAGCUCUCGAUAAACCGCUAAUUAGCACUUCCGAAGAAGAUAACCUAUCAAAGGUGCUAGGAUCUAAGUUAUUCGACGAGGAAUCUAUCGCCAAAGAGACGAUCUCCAAUUUCUCGCCACAUUGGUCAUUAAUACCAUUUCACUCUUUCGGACCUCUUGUUGCGGCCCAGGCGCGGAUUAUCAACCGUGAAUACAUGAAAUUGCUCUUCAGCGCACAUCAGUUGCGAGAUCAUCUAUCUCUGCAGAAACAAUUUCACCUGCUUGGGAAUGGCGUGUUUUGCAGUCGUCUUUCCCACGCGCUAUUUGACCCUAACUUGGAUACGGCCGAAAGAAAAUCGGGUGUUGCUUUGACUGGUGGUGUGAUGGGACUUCGACUGACCGGAAGGGAUACUUGGCCCCCGGCAAGUUCAGAACUCCGACUUGCUUUGAUGGGUGUGCUCGCGGAAAGUUAUCUAUCCCCUUCAUCUAAGUCAAUUUCUGCGACAGAGAAAAAGUACGAUAUUCCCGGUGAUAUUAGCUUUGCCGUACGAGAUCUUUCAGAUGAGGAAAUCGAUAAAUGCUUGGAUCCCGGCUCGUUGGAAGCACUGGACUUUCUCCGGCUAUCGUACAAACCUCCCGCGCCACUCUCGCCAAUUUUCCCUCCAAUAAUUCUGCUCAAGUACGAUAAAAUAUUUAAAUUACUACUUCGAGUGCUACGAAUGCUUUAUGUUAUCGAGCAGCUCUUUCAGAAUACUCUCGGAAGAACAUCAAAGUGGCAUGAUAUAGGUAAUACUUCACUACGAUUUCGAUACGAGGCCCAAUAUUUCGUCACAAGUAUAACUGCAUACUUUUUCGAUACGGGCAUCGAGAUUCCAUGGGGACGGUUCGCAAUCUGGCUUGACGGUGUAGAGGAUAACGUUACGAAAUCGGAAUCCGGUCAGGGAGUGCAGGUACUGAGCCCAGAUGAAGUCCGCGAAGAACAUGAACGAAUGUUAGAUCGUAUGAUGAAUACGUUAUUAUUGAGAAAACGACAGCAGCCUGUUUUGCGAUUACUUGAGGAUAUAUUUGCGGUAAUUCUCAAGUUCUCUAAAGUGGCUCACAUUGAAGCUAUAGGUAACGGGGAAAAUGAGGUGCAAGAUUCAUCACCUAAGAAGCUGUAUGAUGCUUUCAAGAAGAAGGUAGAUGUUUUCAUGACCGUAUGUCAUGGUCUCAUUGAGAAGGGAGGGAAGUCAACAAGAAACGACGUGAUGACGGACGACGGGAAACGUGGUGAAGAAGUGAAGGAGAAUACGAUUGAUAGGCUUCUGCUUAAGUUAGAAAUGUCUGGUUACUAUGGGCACGCCAGAGCUUGACUGAGUCCAAAACAAAUACUGAAGAUACCCCAAUAAAGAAUUAUUUCCAU